GGAUCACCAUCCAUUGUUCCAUCACCAUCAUCAAUGACUUUAGUAAGAGCAACCUGUGGUUAUCCAGGAUCACCACGUAAUGGUCGUGUAUUACAUCUACUUGAACGUUAUGAAGAAGGAAUGGUCAUAACAUUUGAAUGUGACCCUGGUUAUUUUCUAUUGGGUCCAAUGACACGUACAUGUCAAUCAAAUAAUACAUGGUCUGGAAGGAUGCCCAUUUGUGAUCAAUCAAUCCGGAAUCUAGGUUUAACAUCGGCAUCGGAAGCAUUGAAUAAUUAUCCACCACAAUUAGCUGUGGAUGGAAAUUUUCGUACAUGUUUCUUUUCAAAUCGUCGUAAACCACGAUGGUGGCGUGUUGAAUUACCUAAAGCAGCAAUGGAUAAUCAAUCUAUUAUAUCGGUUGCGUUAACGUUACCUCCUAUAAAUGCUGAACUUUAUUUUUCAAUCUAUGUGAUUGAAGUAGAAACAUUGACAACCAAUCAUGGUGAAAAUGAUACUUUUUUGGGAAAGAAUUCUACACAAACAUCUUACGGUCAUAGUGUGACAACAAUGUCAACUUCUUCAAAAUAUCAUAAAUGUGCAUCAUUUCGUGGUGUGUUUUCAUCCAAAACAAUAUUUGUACAAUGUUCAUCGAAUAAUGGUGGUCUUCGUGGAAAUUAUCUACAAAUCGAAGAUGAUUAUCCACAAUUGGAAUAUUUUGGUCUUUGUGAAGUUGAUGUAUUUGUUGAACGUGGCCAUUAUGAAUGUGGUCAGGUUGAGGUACCGGCUUUUGGUUUCGUAUUGGAUCAACAGAUUUCAGUUGAUGGAUCUCGUUCAGUUGAAUAUCAUUGUCAUGAUGGAUAUCGUUUGAUCGGACAAUCACGACGUCAUUGUGAUCAACGUACAGGACAAUGGAUUGAUAAAGAACCAUAUUGUGAACGAAUCACAUGUCCGGAACCAGUAUCAAUUAUGAAUGGAUUUCAUCGAAUGUAUGGUGAAGAUUAUUAUGAUCAACCGGUUGUUGGUUCACGAACCGUUUAUGAAUGUCGUCCUGGUUUCGUAUUUGUCGAUCCAAAUGCAAAUGAUACACGUAUCUGUGAUCGUUAUGGACAAUGGUCCGGUAGUUUGGAUGUUCCACAAUGUGAACCAAUCGAUUGUGGUCAUCCCGAAUCAUUAUUAGUAAAUUCAGAGGAAUUUUUUCUAUCCGGUGCACAGUUUCGUCUGAUCAAUGGAUCGACUAAAUUUUCAGCAUUAGCCGAAUUGAUUUGUUCAUCACAAGAUGUUCAACGUUCAAAUCUGACACGUUCAAGCUUGUGGUUUCGUUGUCGUGAAGACGGGCUUUGGACAGAAAUUAUCAAUCAAAAUGAAACAACUAUAUCAUCAUCAUCAUCAUCAAGACAUCGAUCAUCCACAAGUUGUGUACGACAACGACAUAAUGGAUUUCUCUAUUUCUACGGUUAUGGAUCAUCAUCGACGAUAAAAAAUUUUUUCCGUAAUAAAAGUUUCUACAUUCGUGAAACAUCUGUAAAUAUUUUGCAUCUGUUGGCUGCCGUUGUAAUUGCUGCUUUCCUUUCCAUAUUAAUUAUUGUGAUUCUUAUGUUCAAACGAAAUAUAAUUGAAUGGCCUGAAGCUGCUUUGUCAUCAUCCACUGUUUCGGCAAUGAAACGUCGAAUAAAAUUGACUGGAGAAUCGAUAGCUAAAUUUUUACUAACAAUUUUCAAUCGUCUUCGCAAUUGUCUUAUAAAUUCAUCAUCAUCAUCAUCACCGAAUGUUCAUUCGUCUCAACCAGAAUCCAACAGUGAUAAUGAUGGCGAUCAUCGUGAACAUUCAGAAGAAAAGGAAGAACCAAGACGAGCAUCAUUGACUAAAUCUAUAUUAACACCACCUAUAUUCACUAUAACUCCAUCAUUAAGUUUAGAUAUAGAAUCUGGUAGAAUUAGCCGUCAACAGAAUGCAAAUGAUAAUCAUGCCAUUUCCUCUUCACAAUCUUCGUCAUCAUCAUCUUCACCAUCUUCAUCGUCCUGUUCGAUUGUAGUGGAUCAAGAAACAUUAAAUUCAAACACCAAUAAUAAUAAUAAUAAUAGUAAUAAUGCUAAUAACAAUAAUAGGAAUAAAAAUGAUCUCAAUCAAGCAUUGGCAACAUUCUAUGAAGAGAUUACUAAUGCAGCCAAACAAAUGUUUUCGGAGGAAACUGAUCGUAAAUUAAUUCGAGCAGCUCGUAUUGCAGCCGAAUUAGAUGCCAUUAAAAAUCAUACACAGAAAUCGGCUAAUUAUCAUCAUCAUUAUCCUCAACAACAGCCACAACAACAACAACAAUAUCAAUGGAUCUAUUCAACGCCUCCAAGAUUUACUCAUUCAUCCGGUUGUACAUCAUUACCACCAUCAUUACAUGAAUAUCAUCAGAUAUUACCAGCAAAUACAAAUAGCCAACAACAACAACAUCCACAAGUAACACAAAGUCAAAUAUAUGCUAAAGUUGAUCUUAUACGUAAACAUCGUUAUCGCAAAGAAAAAGAUAAUAUUGUCAGUGUUUAUCAGGUACCAAAACCACGAUGUCCAAUCAUAUCGCAACAACAACAACAACAACAUCAACCACAAUUAUCAUCAGAUUAUCAUCAAUUACGAAAAGCUAUUUCAACACCGGAUGCCGUUUUUGUUGAUGUUAAUAAUGAUUAUGGUGAAUAUGGAACCAUACGACGAAUUCAGCAAAUAUGUUCGAAUACAAUACAACGGCCACCAAAUAAUAAAACAAUGACAACAACAACGGUGACCAUACAUGAACCAACGAAUAAAUUUCCAUUGAAAACAUUACUUUAA